CCGGGCACGGGGGGCCGGGCAGGAGACGGCGCCGGGGGCGGUGCGCCCUGCUGCCCGCCGCGGGCCCCGGGGCGCCGGGGCGCUGAGCAACAGUUGGCCCCGCCGCCGCCCAGCAUGAAAGUGUGCCGGCGGAAGGCGCUGGCGCUGUGCCUGGGCUACGCGCUCCUGCUGCUCCUCGCUGCCCUCAACCUGCUGGAGUACAAGUGGCGGCGGGAGCCGCGGCGCUGCGGGGAGCCCCCGGCCGCCCCUCGCCACCGUCUCCCGCCGCCACCUCCGCCGCCGCCGGCCGGGAGCGGCGGCCCGGCGGGCCCCCGGCGGCAGCUGGUCUAUGUCUUCACUACCUGGCGCUCGGGAUCGUCCUUCUUCGGGGAGCUCUUCAACCAGAACCCCGAGGUUUUCUUCCUCUACGAGCCGGUGUGGCACGUCUGGCAGAAGCUGUACCCUGGGGACGCCGUCUCGCUGCAAGGGGCAGCCCGCGACAUGCUGAGCUCCCUGUACCGCUGCGACUUCUCCGUCUUCCAGCUCUACAGCACGGCGGGCGCCGGCAAGAACCUCACCACACUGGGCAUCUUCGGGGCGGCCACCAACAAGGUCAUCUGCUCUUCGCCCCUCUGCCCGGCCUACCGUAAAGAGGUGGUGGGCAUGGUGGAUGACCGGGUGUGCAAGAAGUGUCCCCCGCAGCGCCUCAGCCGCUUCCAGGAGGAAUGCCACAAGUAUCGCACGCUGGUCAUCAAAGGUGUCCGUGUCUUUGACUUGGCUGUCCUCGCCCCGCUUAUGCGGGACCCGACUCUGGACCUCAAAGUCAUCCACCUGGUGCGGGACCCCAGGGCUGUCGCCAGUUCUCGUAUUAAGUCCCGGCACGGCCUCAUCCGGGAGAGCCUGCAGGUGGUGAGGAGCCGGGACCCCCACAUCCACCGCAUGCCCUUCCUUGAUGCUGGCCACAAGCUGGGCGGGAAGAAGGAGGGGGGUGGUGGCUCAGACUACCAUGCCCUGGGUGCCAUGGAGGUCAUCUGCAGUAGCAUGGCCAAGACCCUGCAGACUGCUCUGCACCCCCCUGACUGGCUCCAGGGGAACUAUAUGGUUGUGCGCUAUGAGGACCUGGUGGUGGAGCCCAUCAAGACCCUGCGGCAGGUGUACAGCUUUGUCAACCUGGCCGUCAGCCCAGAGAUGGAAAAGUUUGCCCUCAACAUGACCAGUGGCCCCGGCUACUCCUCCAAGCCCUUCGUGGUGUCGGCCAGGAACGCCACCCAGGCGCUGAGCGCCUGGAGAACUGCACUCAGCUACCAGCAGAUCAAGCAGGUUGAGGAGUACUGCCACCAGCCCAUGGUCCUGCUGGGCUAUGAAAGGGUUGGCAGCCCUGAAGAGGUGAAGGACCUCAGCAGAACAUUGCUCAGGAAGCCGCGGUUGUGACGGGGCAGCGGGUGCCUGCCAACUGCCCUGGCUGGUGGCUGAGCCCUGCUGGGGAGAGGAGCGGCUCCAGCUGGCUUGAGUGAGGGAGGGAGCCGGGAAAAGCAGCCUGGCUUCUGAUUUCCUCCAAAGACUGCUGAAGGGUAACAUACAGUAAUGUGAUGAUUUCUUUCUUUCUUUUUUUACCCCUUCCCUUCCAUUGAGUUAGAUGCUAUUAAAGUAAAUAAAUAAAGUGGAUCAGAAAAUACGUGUAAAGCUCCUUUCCCCUUCUCUAAAAUGUCAGGCAAUGAUUCUGUACCAAAAUCUUGUUAAUGGAGUUCUUGUAGGCUGAGGAUGGUUAACGGAAACUCUUGCACAAUUCUUAACACAUCUUUAUCUCCCUUAGUGUGAAAGGGUUGCCCUUGGAAAGCAUAAUGCUGAAAAUCAGACUUUUUGUAUGAAAGAAAAUAUGACAUGAUAGUAAUCAAGAAACCAAUAAAUGAUAUUCAUUUUUAUAAUUACCUCAAUUGUUUGGGAAUUACAGUGUUGCUUAUGUACAGCUGGAGGGGAUGCUUCCUUAAAAUAGCAACAUGGACUUUCAAAUAGUAUGGGUGGUGGGGCUGGAGUGCAACAUUUGACAUGUUCAAAGAUUAGGAGCUGCUUUUGCAGGAGCAAGUACAGAUCUCACAAAUGUAGUGCAGGUUUUAUGGCUAUGUUAAAGCAGGUUUCUAUUUAACUAUUGUCUUUUUUGUUGUAUUUAUAAAGUCUUUCAAGUGCCACUGUAUUAGUGUUCUGAGAGUUCUGAAACGUUUGCCAUCACAGCAGUAUUUAUUUUUGUCUUGACAUGUAUGUCCAGGAGUCACUGUCAAAUAGAAGUGGAUCUACAGCGUGACAAGAAGUGCAGGAUUUAAAAAGACAUUUAUCAUACUGGAAACAUUAGCAUGUGUGGAAACAAAAAAUUAUAUAUUUAUAUAUAUUAUAUAGUGCUAACAAUACAUAAGAUAUGUAAGAUAUUUCUUGACAUUGAUUGAUAACAGGCAUAACAGGGAAGCAUAAAAAUGCAUAAAAUGAUUUAUUUUUCCCCUUUAUCAAGUGUCCAAAGUUAUAUUUAUGUACAAAGAGGAAGAAAACGUUCAGCUGUCUGUUCAUAGCUGUGAUGGAGCUUUUACAGAGUCAAGCUAGUGUUUGAUUUCAGAGUGCUGGUUAGAUGCUUGUUUCUUGUGAAUUGUUAUUGCUCUGUGGUGGAGGCAGAUGGUGGUCUGGCUCCUUCUGGGAGCUUUGCCCAGAGACUCUGCCCCAUCGUUAAAACUUGAUUAAAAAAAGCCAACCCAAAACAGAUUUUACUACUUCUGCUUUUAUAAUUUCCUGAAAAGCUCUUGUUUUAUUAAAGGUUAAGUGGUGUGUUGCAUACGAGAAGUGCAGACACCUCAAGUAGUUUUUAAUCUUUGCGAUAUUCUCUGAUGCUCUUCGAAGGCUCAUUUUGGAACCUGAGUUUUUAAAUGAAAGUGGUUUUGCCAAACUGUUCUCUUAGGAGACUAUAGAUUUUUCUACAAGAAGUACAUUUUACAUUGCCUAUUUGGGUGUUGUGCCUUCAGAAAUUAUGAAGAGUAUGAGUCGGAUAAAGGAAAGUGAUUUGUGAAAAUAAACUGAUUUUAACAGUUUAUUAAACUGUUUAUUAACUGUUGUUAGACAGUUUAUUAAACUGCUGAUAAGUGUGUGUGUGCGUAAGUGUGAAAAUUUUUGUGAUGUGUAAUAUGUCUGUUUCUUGUGUUAGUGCUUAUAGAGGUGAUAACUGGCUACUAAGCUAUUGACUUCUUGAUUAAAUUUUGGCAUUAGAUGUUGAACGAACUCUGAAAAGGAAACUAAUUUAAUAAACUAGUUAAAAGAUUAUUGCAUAAGGUUGCUUUUACACUUGCUGGGUGACUGCAUUAUGUGUGUCCAUUCCCUCAGUUCAUCAUCGGCACAGAUAAUGUGAAUAAUUUCUAUCAGUGGGAGAUCUUGUAAUUGGCCUGUUAGGAUCUAUUCCUAAAUUCCAGAUAGCAGUGCUAAAAAUGGGAGGAAUAGUUAAUCUGAUGUGUAAGAUACAGGUUAAGUAAGGUGUUGUCGUGGACUGAGGUGUUUUGUGUUAUCUCUGUACGUACUCUGCUGUGGUGCUGAGUGGAUAUUGGAUGUCUGGGUUUUGGCUGUAUCCUGUGGGGUGUUUUUUUUUUUUUUAUAUAUCAUUCUGUGUGUCCUGGGGCAGUGCUUGAAAAUGAUCUGCUUGUAGAGCGUGUCGCUUGCUUUUUAUCCACCCACUACUUUACGACCCACCCCUGCUACCCACCGCACAGUCCUGUCAGCCUGCCUCGCAGCCGCCCUGCGUGUGUUUGCCAGCGCUGCUACCAGCAGGCAGGCGGUCCCGGGGAGCUGCAGAGCCUCUGCAGAGCGGGGUGCUUACCUGUGAGGAAGCGAGCCCAGUGUCCCCUCUGGGCUGGAACAGUGCCCCAUGAUUUUGGCUCCCCUGGCUUAAAACUUCGCUGUGGUUUCUAAAUGAGGCUUUCUCAUGACUGUGUUACAGCAUAACCUCUUUUGAUUUUGGGGCUGAAGCAUGAUCAUUCAUGUGUGCAGAAUUCCUUGGUCUCUUCUGUGUGAAUAAAGUGAACAGGAGGUAAUUGUGUCUGGAAGUGUGAAAUAAUGACUUAGUUUCCAAAAAUCUCCUUUGGCUUCUAAUUAUAUUAAAAAGCUCAUCCUGUUGUUCUGAGUGAGCACUCACUGCUCUUCUAAUAAUGGUGGAUCAAAGCAUCUGCUUCGCUUUACUGGUAUGAACAGUGUGCCAGUAGAGUUGCAGCAUCUGAAUUUGGUCCAUAAUUUGAGCUCUACCUGCUACAUUGCAGCAGGAAUUACCCAACAUACUGAACGGUUGUACCUGGGCAUGUUUUGGUGACCAAAAAAAAGUAACGCAAAGCUCAUUUUGUGAGAAUAAAGGACUGCAUUUUUUUUCGGGUAAAGCUUAAGGAGAAGUGUGUGGGACUCUGCUGCUUGUGUAAAAUACUGGUGGGCUGAGCCCUAUGUUUAAUGCUGCUCCAUUAAAAAAAAAAGUACAUGAACAACUAGCAGUUAAAAGAGGCCAUUUUUAGUCCUUUUGGUAUUCAGAAAAGAGAAUUAGAAGAAUGUAAAAAAAGCCAAACAUUAAAAAAAGA